ACCAAGGAGGAUACUAUCUCAGCAGAAACAAGAUGAUGGCAAGAAGUCCUAAGAGAUUGUCCUCUCUGAUCAAACGGUUGGUGCUGGUGCUCGCAUUAAUAAAUUCAGUCUACGGGAACUCAAAAAAAUUCAAGGAGAGUCCUCCUGGCGAGCAAUGGAGUGACGAUUGCCCGACCCAUGAAAAUUCUGAGUUUCCUGACAGCGUGAGGGUUAAAAUACAUAUCGUUCACACCAACCCAGGCAACACCAAGUCUCAGGAUGUCAGGAACAGAUCUCUGUCUCCAUGGGAUUACAGGAUUAACGAGGAUCCCAACCGGUUUCCCUAUGCAAUCGCUGAGGCCAGCUGCCGCUAUACUGCCUGUGUCGAUGGCACAGGGCGGGGUCUGAACUACGGCCUGAGCUCUGUCCCGAUCCAGCAGGAGAUCCUGGUCCUCAAACGUAAGCAGGCAGGCUGCCAGCAAACCUACUGGCUGGAGAAACAGCUGGUCACUGUGGGGUGCACCUGCACCUUUCCUACUACCAGUACCUACCGCAGGAAGAAUGCAGGGAACUACAAAGACUUGACAAGGACCAGCCAUGGGCUGAAGCAAUGAACAUGUCCACUGAAGAGAGGAACCUGCCAUUCUCAAGAUGACCAGAAACAGGGCCCACAUUAGUCUGUUUGUUUUUGAAGUCAGUUUUCUUCUUAGAUGAUGCAAUUUAAUCUUCUGCAGAUGUGAACAUUUUGAAUUCCCUGUGUGAUUGAUGAAAGUGUGACUCUUUGGUUGUAUUUUUAAAAAAGUUUUGCAAUAAUUCUCA